ACCUGGUUGGACUGUUCAUUUAUCCGGAUUUAGGAUUUGAUCCUUGUCAAAUUACCGGUAUUUUCCAAAGCACAAUACCAAAAUCCAUUGAUGUUCAUGGCCAAAUUAAUAUCCAAGAAAACAUAUUAAACCUUUAAUUUAGUAAUCUUAAUCAACAAAUUAUGUCAUCUCUCAGUCAAUCUUCAUGGUUUUGUUCUCUUCACUCCACCAAAACCUUUCAACCCACCAAAAAAUCCAAUCUUUUUUACCCCGCAAACCCCAACUUUAUCAAUUUUAAACCCUUUAAAUUCUCUUCUAUUAUUGUUAGAAAUUCAAAAGAUGAAUUGAAUGAGCCAGAAGAAGAAAGCUUAGAAGAAUCUGUACCAGACAGAGUUAAACUUGCACUUGAGAGAGCUAGAGAGUAUAAGAAAUCAUUGCUAUUGGGUAAAAAUCAAGAAAUUAGCAAAUACCCAGUUGCUAAAUCUAAUGGAAUUGUAAGUGAAAAUGGUGGGUUUCAGCAGAACAAAACCAAUGUUGAAGAAGAUGAGAUUUUGUCAGAAGGGGGUGAUGGAGAAAAGGAGAUCCCUGAAGCUGUUAGGAGGGCGAUGGAGAAGGCGAAAGAGUACCAAAAAAACAAAGGAGUUGUGGGCAAUGGCAGAAGCAAUGCGGAGAGUAAAAAUUUACCAGACUACGCAGAUGGCAGAAGGAAAGUGGUCCCUGAUGCUGUCAGACUUGCAACGGAGAAUGCUGAAGAGUAUGAUAAGAAUAAGGGAAAGUUGGGUGAUGAUAAGAGUAAUGAGGAGAUUGAGCUGUUGCGUGGUGAUGGAGAAGGUGGGGAUAAGGAAGUUCCAGAAGCAGUUAGAAUUGCAAUGGCAAAAGCCAAAGAGUAUAAGAAGAACAAAGGAAACAUUGAUAGUAGCACUAUGGAAAAUUCAAAACAGACAGGAUUGGAGGGAGGAAGUGCUAGUAAUUUGGGGAAUAGAAGUAUUGAACCAAACACUGUAAAUAAGGGCGACCUUAAAAUUUCUAAUAUUGAUUUUGUCGGCUUAAAUUUUGCGGACAAGAAGAAAAGCAGGGGACUGCCAGCUGGUCUGAUCCCAGUUGCAGACCCUUUUCCAAUUGAUAAGCUGCCCGAUGUGGAAAUUCUUGUUGGUGAUUCCAGCCAAUUCGGAAAUGUGACGUCUUCAGAAUCUAAGACGUCCUCACAAGAAGAAAGCACUGAUCUUUAUAAGCCAAAGGUUACUACGUGGGGUGUGUUUCCCAGACCCAACAACAUUUCCAAAACGUUUGGUGGUGGUAGAACUAUUCAGCCUGGAGAAGAACUUGAAACUCUGGAGGAAAGAGCUGCCAAAGAAGCUCGCUCCCGGGAGUUAAUUGCUGCUUACAAGCGUAAAAUGGGCUUAAAUAUGGAUCCCAAGCUAAAAGCAGAAAGUGAGAAGGCAUUGAAAGAUGGAGACUCCUUAAUGGAUGUAGGAAGGCUGAAGGAGGCAUUACCAUACUAUCAAAUAGUUAUGGAUAAGCUGCCUUUCCAGACUAAGCUUCAUGGUUUGGCUGCUCUACAAUGGUCAAUUUGUCAAGAUUCACUUCGUAGGACAGAAGAAGCUCGAGCUAUGUAUGAGAAGCUUCAGUCACACCCUACUGCCGACAUUAGCAAGAAGGCAAGACAAUUUGUAUUUAGCUUCAAGGCCAUGGAAAUGUUGAAAGUUACUAAAUCAACUGCACCACCCAAGAACACUGGAUACCAGAGCUAUUUCGAAGCUUUUGUUGAGGACAAAGUAGAUUAUACUCUGGGUAGUGCUGAAGAGAAAGAUGAUACUUUUAAUCAAGCUGCUUUGUAUGUUGUCUUUCUCGCAUCUCCCAUUUUGCUCGUACUACUACUGGUAGCUAUCAGAGGAGUAUAGAUUUUGGUGGAGUGCCAAAACAAGUCCUCUACCGAUGGUUCCUUUUUAUGUACAUCUUUGUGUAUAUUAUACUCCAUAUUUAUUUUGAAUGAUAAAAGGUUGUUUGUCACUUCCUAUACUAGGAAUCCCAGGAUUAAUUGGGCAAUCUUUAUGUCCUCUGCAAAUUUUAACAAAAUUUACAAUUUAAGCCCCAUAGUUUACAGGAUUAGUUCAGCUUUUAUAAUAUCUUGUUUAUUUAAAA